AUUCUGCUUUUGAACACAAAAGACAUUGAUAAUAAAAUAUAUUAUGUUAGGCUAUUAGUGACUUAUUCGCCGAUGUAUGAUCAACUGAUAGCAAAUAGUAUAAAUGAAACUGAUAGCUCAGAGAAUUAAAUAGUCAUUUAAAAAUUUUUGUCGUAGUUACUCGAUAAAUAUGAAAUUGAUUUUAUUAUUAUUAAUCGUGAGUGCGGCAGUGAUGGCAGUGCCAGUGAAUAAUAAAAAUCACAAACGGAGUUUUGACCUGUUCAAUUAUUUCAAAUACGGACAUAAACGCAAUGAUAAUUAUAAUAAUGAGUAUGAAUAUAAUUAUAACGAUAAUGAUGCAGAAAGUCAAAUUGGUGGUGAAAUGAUUAUGGAUUCAAAUGGAAGUAUAUUUUGUCGAUAUUUAAAUGAGAAUCAAGUGUAAUUAAAAUUUUUAUAUUUUUAAAAUUAUUAUUGGUAUUGAUAUUUAAGAUUACGUAUAUUUCGUCAUUAAAAAUAUUUUACGACAAUGAUUGUAUAUAUUUUUAAAAAAAAAAUGUUUUUUUUUCAAUCCUUAUGAAUCACGAUAAUAAAACGGUACGUUAAUAAAAUACCGGCCAUUUAUAAAAUAUGUCAAGUGACUCUUAUUAAUUAACAGAGAGUUAAAAAAAUUACUGAAAAUAAAAAACCACAGAAUAACUUUUCUACUUAAUUUAAU